GAUUUGUUUGAAUGCGUAGUUGAGUUGCACAGGCUCGUAUUUAAGAUCCUGAUACUUGAAUCCUUCUUUCGUCAUUAUACUCAACGAGCAACCACACUCUCUCCUCUGGGUAUUAUCUCCGUCCAACUAGCUCUUUAACUCAACACUGCUCGACACAAUGUCGACCAUCUCGGCCCAAUACCCGGAGUACCAGUCUACAGCCCGUCUGGACGAGCUCCGGGCCACCGAGUACAGCUACCUCGACUCUCAGGAUCAUGUGUAUCUGGAUUACACAGGGUCAGGCCUCGCGGCCUCUGCCCAGAUUCGACACCACAACGAACGGCUGACCCAGAAUGUCUACGGCAACCCACACUCGUCCAACCCAACCAGCGCCGCGGCCACCGAGGCCAUGGACCGCACGCGGGCGCGGGUCCUAGCGCACCUCAACGCCUCCCCGGAGGAAUACACCGUCAUCUUCACCCCCAACGCCACCGGCGCGGCCCGGCUCGUCGGCGAGGCCUACCCCUUCAGCCGGAACACGCGCCUGGUACUGACGGCCGACAACCACAACUCGGUCAACGGCCUCCGCGAGUUCGCCCGCACCCGCGGCGCCCGCACCACCUACAUCCCGUUGCAACAGCCCUCGCUCCGGACCACCACCACCGACGUCCUCGCCGCCCUGCCCCCCAAGCGCACCCUCCUCGACCGCCUCCCACCUACCUGCCGCAGCAUCCUCCGCCGCCGCGACACCAGUCCUCCCCCCGACCCAGACCUCUCCCCAAACACCACCACCGGCCACUCCCCCUCUACAACCAAACCCUCCCCUGAUACCCGCAACCCCAACCCCCCGCGCGGUCUCCUCGACCGCCUCCAAUCCACCUGCCGCAGGAUUUUCCACCGCCGCAGCAUCCUCCGCCGCCGCAACACCAACUCUUCCCCAAGCACCAACACCAACAGCACCACCAACCCCAACACCACCCCCUCCCCUGACACCACCACCAACCCCCCUAAUACCGGUGGCAACAACAACCCCCCUACCCCCCGCGGCCUCCUAGCCUACCCCGCCCAAAGCAACUUCACCGGCGUGCGGCACCCCCUCUCCUGGACCCGCCUCGCCCAAAAACGCGGCUACCACGUCCUGCUCGACGCCGCCGCCUACCUCCCCACCGCACCCCUCGACCUCUCCGGCAAGCCCCACCCCACCGACCCCAACGGCGAGACGUGCCAGCCCGAUUUCGUGAUCAUCUCCUGGUAUAAACUGUUUGGGUAUCCCACGGGGGUGGGGUGUCUGGUGGCGAGGAAAAAGGCGUUGGAGGUGUUGAGGGGUGGCAGGCCGUGGUUUGCGGGGGGGACGGUGCAAGCUGCUACGGCGGGGGUGGGGGUGGGGGAGUGGCAUUUGUUGGCGGGCGGGGCGGAGGGGUUUGAGGAUGGGACGGGGAAUUUUCUGGGGGUGCCGGAUGGGAAGGUGGUGGAUGAGAGAAUCGUGGCGAUGGAGUCGGCGGCGGCGAGGAUUUCGUUGCGUACGGGGUGCUUUUGUAACCCCGGGGCGGGCCAGGCUGCGCUGGGGUUGGAUGUCAAGACUGUGCGGAAGUUGGCGAGGGCACGGCAACUGCUGGGGGGGUUGGAUGAGGUCGUCGAGGUGCUGGGCAUCCCGUCUCUUGGAGCUAUCCGUGUCUCCUUCGGCCUGGCUUCGACUACCGCUGAUGUGGACAAGUUCAUUGGGUUUGCUGAGAAGACAUACAAGGACCGGGUGAUCACCGCGGUGGGCCUGCCGCCGAGGGAUCAAUGUUGAUAUGUAGGUUGUGUGGAGGUAUAUUGGAUGCAAAAAGUAUCGGGUCACCAUUAGCCCCCCGUGUACGUACCAUUGUAGCCAUGUUAAGUCAUAUUAUCCUAAUCCACGAACUAGCUACAUAU